AUGGCCUUUGCGGGUGGUGCACAGGAUGGAGCCAACGUGCCAGUUGCGACCUCCAAUGCAACAACCCUUGACACCAAGCUGCCGCAGCCUCCGGUGCUCUCGCUUCCCAAAACCGGCUCUGUUCAUGGUAUGGGCGAAAAGUUCAAAGUCAACUCCAACACCGGACUUGGGUCUUGCUCCAUUCCCAUCGCCACCAGUUCGGCAAGAGGUGUCCAGCCAACCCUCACUUUGGAGUACAGCUCUGGAGGUCGCAACUCGACCUUUGGACUCGGUUGGGAUCUUUCGAUUCCCAGGAUUUCGAGGAAGACUUCUCGAGGUAUGCCGAGAUAUGAGGACGGAGCCGACCCGUCUCGCGACGAUGUUUUCCUCCUAGAAGGCCACGAUGACCUUGUUCCCGUUUUCAAGCGAACAGGGGCCGGCGACAUUGUUCUCUCUGCCGAGCGCACACCACAGGUCGAUGAGCAGCUGAAACAGGGCUUUAUAGUGAGGCGUUACAUGCCACGGAUCGAGAGUGCCUUUGUCCGCAUCGAGCGUUGGCAAAGUUCAGCCGAACCACACGAUCUCCAUUGGGUAACAGUAACCGGAGACAACCAGACAGCUAUAUACGGCAGGACGACCGCCAGUCGCAUCUGUGAUCCCCUGGACCAACAUCGCACCUUUGCUUGGCUGCUUUGCGAGGUCUAUGAUCAACGAGGAAAUGCCAUGCUUUUCGAAUACAAGUCCGAGGACUCGUCCAACAUCGAUGUGCAACGAGCCUGCGAGGCUAACCGAACGGAUGCCUCUCGACGGGCAGCGAAGCACAUUAAGCGCAUCCGCUACGGAAACACGGUACCAAACCGUGACCCUGUCAGCUGGGAUGCACAGCCAACUGCGGAACUCCUAGAAGGGACCUGGUGCUUCACCACCGUCUUUGACUAUGGCGACCAUGAAAAUGAGAUGCCGAUGGUUGCCGAGUCACGGUCCUGGAGCUGCCGUGACGACCCGUUCUCGUCUUGCCGUUCUGGUUUCGACAUCCGCACCUAUCGCCUCUGCCGCAGAAUCUUGACGUUCCAUCAUUUUGACUCGGAGCUCGGAGCGAAGGACUAUCUAGUCCGCUCCACCGAUCUGACCUACGAUGAAAAUGAGACUGCUACACUAUUGGUGUCAGCCAUUCAGUCGGGAUACACUAUCUCCAAGUCCUCGAGUGGUGCGCCGUCCUACACAAGGAGAUCACUUCCUGCUGUGUCGUUUGACUACUCUACAUUCCCUUCAGAUGUCGAGCUGGCAUCGCUUGUAGCCCAAGACAUAGAUAGCUCGAGCAGCGAAGGACUCCCGAUCGGCAUCGCCGGCCCAGGCUAUCAAUGGAUUGAUCUGCACAGCGAAGGCCUUUCCGGUAUCCUUGUGCAAGACGGUAGGAACUGGUAUUACAAGCGCAACACAAGCGCGAGCAACCUUGUGCCAAAUGACGACGGCAUUCUCGAAGCAAAACCUCGCUUCGAGCCUCUUCAACUAGUUCCGCAAGUUCCCUCGUUUUCCGCCCAUGGUAGCUCCAGUGCUCGCGUCCAAUUUGGAGAUGUUGCAGGUGCCGGAAAACUCGACGUCGUUGUCACCAUACCAGGGGCCUGGGGAUACUUUGAGCGCGAAGACAACGAGGGCUGGACCGACUUCCGGACUUUUCCUUCUUUCCCGCCCAUUGACACAAGUGACAAAGAUGUGCGCUUUUUAGAUCUCUCCGGUGACGGACUCCCAGAUAUUUUAAUUUGUUCCGACUUGGUUUACACCUGGUUUCCGUCGCUCGGCCGCGAAGGCUAUGGCCCACCGUCCUGUGUCGCGCAGCUCUCGGAUCCAAGUACUGGGCCACACUGCCUGUAUUCCGACCCCGAAGAGACCAUACACUUUGCAGACAUGACAGGAGAUGGCCUCGCUGACCUCGUGCGGGUGCGGAACAGCGAUGUGUGCUACUGGCCCAACGUGGGGUACGGGCGUUUUGGGAGCCAGGUCAGCAUGGAGCAUGCUCCUCGUGUCGAUGCCGAUACUAUAUUCAAUGAAGGUCGUGUGCAGCUGAUCGACCUCGACGGUAGUGGACCUGCAGAUUUGCUUUAUCUGCAUGCGAGUGGCGCUGUUAUGUACCAAAACUACAGCGGCAACGGCUUCUCUGGCCCUCGGUCGAUUGGCAAUGGGCUCCGCGUCGACGAUAUGAUACAUGUAUCAGUGGUAGAUCUCCUCGGAAACGGAACUGCCAGCCUAGUAUGGAACUCGGCGCUUCCUUCUGAUGCGUCCCAAUCUAUGCGCUACGUUGACAUUUUCCGCGGCCAAAAACCUCGCCUGCUGACUCGGAUGUCCAACGGCAUGGGCAGCGAGACUCGUAUCACUUAUGCACCAUCGACUCGUUUCUAUCUCCAAGCUCAAGAAAGCAAUAGCCCAUGGAAGACGAAGCUACCAUUCCCGGUGCACUGCGUGGAGAGAGUAGACAUGAGGGACAGCAUCAGCGAUAGACGGUAUACAAAUCUCUUCGCAUACUGGCACGGCUUCUAUGACUCAAUUGAGCGCGAUUUCCGUGGCUUUGGUAUGACUGAGACUUGGGACUGCGAAGAGUUCCUCGCUCCAUCCGAGCAAGAGCCGGCUUCGAAUCAGGGAAAAUCGUGGCGGGUGCCACCAGUGCACACCAAGACGUGGUUUCAUACUGGUGUCUACUUGGAAGACGGUAUCAUCAGUCGGCAUAUGUCGGAUGACUACUUCCAACCGGCUGGAGCAGGUUCGGGUGCACCGAUCGCCCCAUUCACCCUGUCGGAUAGCACCUCCUUGUCGCCUUCUCGACUCGAGGGGGAGUCGCUGCGUGAAGCUUGUCGCGCGCUGGGUGGCCGGCUCUUACGCAGCGAGGUCUACGCAGACGACGGGAGCGAUGUAGCACACAUCCCGUACACUACCGAAGAAACAAGCUACCGGAUCGAGAUCUUGCAGGAGGUGCAGGACGCCAACAAGCAUUGCGUCUUUGCCGUCGAUCCGCAUGAGUCGAUCAAGGUCGAGCAUGAGCGGGACGUCGCCGAUGCCCGCGUCCACCACACCAUGGUUCUGCAGCGUGACCGCUUCGGACACGUCAUGAAGAGCAUCGACAUCGCCUAUGGCCGUCAAGCAGGUCGCAGUCCUCUCGAUCCGGCCGAUAUAGCCAAGCAGGAGACCCCUAUUUUGAGCUACGUGGAGGUCGACUAUACACAGCUGAUUGACGGGGGUCCUAACUACAUUCUUCCCAGAGUGUGCGAGAAAAGGCAGUACGAAAUUACAGGAUUUCGAGUAGCAGCUGGCCGAGCUCGAUUCAUACCCUCCGAUUUUGAUGCCGAUGACUUCGCGCCCCUCCGCCAGCUGAUAGAAUUGUCCUUUGAGGACAGUUCCACAUCAGCGAAUGCCUUGACAAAGCGUUGUGUCUCGCGUUCCAGGGUACUGUUCCGUCGUGAUGAUCUUGCUGGCCUGCUACCCAAGGGACAAAUACAACCUCUUGGACUUCCGGGCCUAGCCUACAAGCUCAACUUCACGCCGGGUCUGAUCGAAAAGGUGUUCAAAAGGCAGCUUCCAGCGCGAUCGGUGGAGCUGCUGAUUGGUCCCGGAAGCUUGGUCCUCACAGACAAGAGUGGUACAGGAUGCGGCUACGUUGAUCUGGAUGGCGAUGGGAACCUAUGGAGCGUCAGCGAUAGCCACAGCUUCAGUCCCGAGGCAGCGGCCUCUCCUGCUACCGAACUCGCUGCUGCCCGGGCGUCCUUUUUCACGGCUCGUCGCUACACGGACCCCUUCGGCCACGCCACUGUUCUGGAGUUUGACCAACAUUACCUCUUUCCCCUCAGGGUCAUCGACCCCAGCGGCAACCAGACAACGAACAGGAUUGACUAUCGUGCUCUCAACGUCAACGAGCAGACCGACGCCAAUGGGAAUCGGCAGGCAGUUGCGUACGAUGCAUUUGGUCUACCCAGCGGCACGGCGUACAUGGGCAAAAGCGGCGAGCAUUUGGGCGAUUCGCUCGAGGGCUUCGCUGCAGAUGUGACUCAGGACGAUCUCGACCAAUUCUACGCCCAUCCCACCAGCAAUGUGACGAACAGACUGCUCGGGACGGCCUCGUCGCGCACUCUGUACGACUAUCAAUGGGUGCCAAGUACAGAGAAUGGCGACGGCGAGCGACCCCCUUACUUUGCAACCAUUACCAGGACGCAGCACGUGAAUAACUUGCCGCCAGGUGAGGUAUCGCCAGUGACCAUCACUAUCUGCUAUCUGGAUGGCGUCUACUCCUCAAUCCAGAAGAAGGCGCUCGACUCCCCUGGCCCGCUCGAUCCGCUCGAUGAAGACCCCAAUGCCGCAGUAGUCAACCCGCGCUGGUCCACUAGCGGUUGGGUAAUCUUCAACAACAAAGAACAGGCCGUCCGGGAGUAUGAGCCCUUCUUCUCUGAUACGCACGCCUACACACCGAGCCGCCUGGCUGGGCCUGCGGCCACGCUAUUCUACGACCCCAUGGGCAGGCGCGUUGCUGCGUUGCACCCCAACAAGGCAUUCGAGAAGACAGAGUUCCGCCCCUGGCAGACCACGCAAUUCGACGCCGUGGACAACAUCAUAGCUGACCCACGUACGGACUCCACCCUGAGCCCCUUCAUUGCGAAGCUCCCGCCAUCCGACUACCUCCCGACGUGGCACGCGGCUCGGAUCCAUGGCGCCCUGGGACCCGACGAGCAAGCCGCGGCAUCGCAGUCGGCCACCCACGCGAACACUCCCACAGUGAUACACCUCGACGUACUGGGCCGCGUUGUUGCGAGCACCGCAGACAACGGGCCCGACGGCCUCCUGACCACGCGUACCACCUACGAUUUCCAAUCCAACGUCAUCGAGUCCGUAGACGCACUCGGUCGCGUCGUCACCCGCGCUUCUUUUGAUAUGACGGGAACUGCGCUGUGGCGCACCACAAUGGACAAGGGCUCUGAUUGGGCCCUUCCCGACGCCACGGGCAACGUGCUUACAGUGUGGAACAGCCGUGGCGCACGCUUCAGCACUGCGUACGAUGUGCUACGUCGACCUCUCGAGUCUCGCGUCCAGGAUGAGACCGGUCGAGAACGUGUAGUUCAACAGUUCGUGUACGGUGACACGCUUGCGUCCCCGGACCCCGAUGGCAGUGGCAACAACAGCAGCAGCAGCAGUAGCACUAAUACCGCAUCAUCAAACCUGACAAACAACAUGCGUGGUCGCGUCGUCCGGGUCAAUGACGAGGCCGGCGUCUCAUCCGUUGACGCCUACGAUUUCAAGGGCAAUCCACUACGUACCAGCCGGCGAAUCGCCGUAGAGUACAAGGAGUCCGUCGACUGGAGCCAGCCUGUGCCACUAGAACCAACGACUCACGAGUCCUCGGUACAGUACGACGCGCUGAACCGGCCGUUCCGUCUGCGUUCGGCCGACGGUACCGAGGAGGUGCGCGAGUACGACGAGGCCGGGCGACUGCAAGCCUUACGCAUCAACCUGCGUGGGCAGCGACCGCCGGACGAGGAUCUCGCACAAUGGCCCGUGGCACUGCACAGCAUCACGUACUCGGCCAAGGGCCACGCCGUGCGCAUGACCUACGGCAACGGCAUUUCGGUGCAGCACCGCUUCGACGCACAGACGGGCGAGCUACGGCAGAUGGUGGCCAUGCGUGCGAGCGGCGAGCGCGUCCAGGACUGCACCUACACGUACGAUCCCGUCGGCAACGUGACGAGCGUGGUGGAUGCGGCACAGCAGGCGGUCUUCUUCCGCAACGCGCGCGUUGACAGCAGUAGUCGGUACAAAUAUGACGCCACAUACCAGCUGGUGCAGGCCACGGGACGUGAGGAUUUGCGAACCGCUGGGACGGCGCCGACGGCGGUAGAGCCACCAAUCCCAGGAAAUGCGUCGACGAUCGUGCCAGAUGACGGAUCUGCUCUGGCACGCUACACCGAGACAUACACGUACGAUGGCGUGGGUAAUAUCCUGUCCGUGAGGCACGCCGGAGACGCGGCACAAGCGCCUGGCUGGACGCGCACCUACUCUUACGCUGAGCCUAGCCAGAUACCCGGGCUGGCGGCGCAGGGCGGUAACCGGUUGAGCAAAACGCAGGUGGGCGACACGACCGAGGUGUAUGGCUACACUGGCCCCGCCGGGCGUCGUGGGCACCUCACGGCUAUGCCGCAACUCGCACGGCUGGAGUGGGAUGUCCAGGACCGGCUGCGCUGCUCGGCGCGGCAGCGUGUGGGUGGAGACGGCGCCACGCCUGAAACCACAUACUAUGUCUAUGGGAGUGAUGGGCAGCGGGUGCGGAAGGUCACGGAGGCAUUCGCGCCGGCGGGUCAGGUGCCGCGGCGCCUUAAGGAGACGCUGUAUAUUGGGAAUACGAUGAUCUUCCGUCGGUACGGUGGUGGGGGUGGAGGGCAUGAUGAGGGGGACGGCAACAACAGCGACCGAAAUGGCGAUGCGAACGACAACGGCAACGGAAAUAACACCGACCCACCGAUCGUCCUUGAGCGGCACACCUACAACCUGCAGCUAGCGUCCGAGAGCAUCGCCCUUUAUGAGGCGCGCACGGUCGGUGACGAUGGCUCACCGGCGCAGCAAGCACGGUAUAUGCUGCACGAUCUCACCGGAUCAGCACGCGCCGAGUUCGACGAUACAUCGCAGCUGCUGUCGUACGAGGAAUACGCACCCUACGGGGCCAGCACGUAUCGCGGCGGCCUCGCGGUAGCAGCACGCACCAAACGUUACCGGUUUGCAGGCAAAGAGCGCGACGAGGAGAGCGGCCUGUGCUACUUCGGGGCGCGGUACUAUGCGCCGUGGCUGGGCCGGUGGACGAGCCCUGAUCCGGCAGGACUCAAGGACGGGCCGAAUGCGUAUAGGUUUGUGCGGUCGCGACCCAGCUGCCGCGUGGAUCCGGAUGGGCGUUGGUCGAUCGAUGUGGGGACGGUGGCGGCCGCCGUGGCGAUUGGCGCUAUAGGCAUUGCCGCAGUGGCAUUGACGGGCGGCGCGGUGCUCGCCAUGGCGCCAGCUGCGGCCUCGGCGGCCGCGACGAUUCUAGGAGGGUCGGCGGCCACAGUUGCGGCGGUGGGAGCAGGCGCCACCGUGGUGGCUGGAGUGGCUGCCGACGCCGCCGUCGUCUACGGCACAUAUACGGCUGUCAAGAGCGUGGCGCAGGCCGCUGAGACCAUCAGCAGCUUACGGCGUGAUGUUAACCCGGCGACGGGCGAGAAGUACACGGACCCGGAGGCGUCGCAGGCUGUAGCCGGCGUGAUCCUCGACGUUGGUAGCGCGGCAGCUACCUUUGCGGGCGCCCCCAAGCACUUUAAGGGGAGCAUGGGCGGCGGCGGCGGUGGUACGGGACCGCAGCCGAUGAUGCAGCUCGCUGCCGCGGGUGGGGCAAGAAUGCCAGUGCCCCGAGCAACGGGGUCGGCACAGGCGCUGACGCAGGCGUCUACGGCGCCUAGUAUCCCGACGACGGCUAUGGCUAUGGCGGCUGUUGGGGCUCCGGUGGGGAAGAAGGCGGCCGCACAAGCCACUGGCGGGGGCGGAGGGGGAAGUGGUGGUGGUGGUUCCGGCGGCGGGACAGGGAGCGGAGGAGGCGGGGGAUCGAGUGGAGGAGCGGGAGCCGGGGGUAAACCACCCGUGGUACGAGGCGUCGAUUACGGCUUCCACCAGCAGCGGUUCCAACAGAUGGGCGAGCAAGUGGGCCGCGACGUGCAGAUGACGGUGUUCCAGGAGAACUGGGCCGAGCUGCGCAAGAUGGGCGUCUCAGAGGAGAUCGUGCAGGCGAUCAAGAACACCGAGCCCGGUAAGCGCGUCCUCACGUGGAAGGGCGUCAUGGGGACGGCGGCCCAUCAGGUCUUGAAGUUGCGGGUGGCCAUGGAUCCGGUGUUGGGCAAGGUGCUCAAGUGGGUGGGCGACACGCCGGGCGUUUUCAAGAGCCAGGGCAUCGGUGGCAAGCCGGACUUUCAGUAUAUGGGUGUUGAGCCGUGGGAGUUCACCACGCGGGCGUCACGGGGUGUGCAUGAGGGGCGUCCCGGCUGGGAGGGGAAUGUGAGUUACUCGCUGUACCAGGGCAUGGUGCCGCACUGGUGGUGGUGGCCGAAGAGCGGGAGCGGCGGCGGCAGCGGGCCUUGA